AUGACCCUGCGAUCAAUUCUUGGCGACUCCAACCGUGUCAAGAAGAAACAAAGCCCAUCUUCAUCCAGGUCAACGAGCGGCUCGUCCUCCUCAACAUGGCCCAAAAAUCUCCAACGCAGCAAGCCCACCUCGGAGAAUUCGUCUGAAAAGCAAACACCAACACCAAGCCGCCACAACCAUGACGUAGACGACGACCACGACGACAUCCUCAACCACCCGCUCGACGACCACGGCCUCGUCGCAGCCCUGACCACCGACCUCCGCCUGCGCGACGUCCCACAGGCCGUGCGGCACGCGCGGGAGAACAUGUUUGCGCCCCUACCCACGCGCGGCAUCUCGUCCGCCCUCCGCAUGACCAUCGCGUCCAGGAGGGAGGGCAUCCCGCCCGUGGUGUCGGCGUCGCACGUCCAGGCCCUCCUGACCGCCACCCCGACCGCCGUCGAGCGCGAGACGGUCGAGCUCGUCCGCGCCGGCGUCCUCAGGCGGGUCGAUGUGCCCACCAGGGGUGCCGCCGGCGACGUCCUCGUCCUGGCGGCCGACUACGAGGCGCUGGUGCAAAGCCGGGCGCCGCAGGCCCUGGACGACGGCACGCGCGAGGCCUACGUCGCGCUGCUGAGGGAUCGGCCCGGCGCCGCGACCGUCGCGCCUGGCCCGGACUCUGGGCUCGGCGUCGCGCAGGUCGAGAAGCUGUUCCGCGCGGGCUUUCUGACUAGCGCCGUGCAGGGCCGCGCGGCUGCGCAUGGCAUCUUCUCGCGGCCAGAGGACAGGACCACGCUGCUGUCGCUCGCUACUGUGGCGAGGGCGCCGUCUGGGACCGUCGGGGCGGUGGGCGGCCAGGGGGGAGCGCGCGAGCACGCUACCGGCAGGGGAGGGGCUGGUUCUCCGUGGUCCGGCGGCGGGGCGGCGGGGACGACGACAGAGUACCGGAUCGCCGUGCCCGGAGCCGGAGCCUUUCUCAAGCUGGUGACGGCGGCACUGGAGCACUUGAGGACGCUGCUGGCGCGGCUGCCGCACCGCGAGGCGCCCGAGUACCUGCUCAAGGAGAAGUGGGAUGGCGGGACGGCAAAGGGCAGCGGCGUGCAGGAGGCGGCGCGGCUGGCGCGCGGCGAAAGGGUCGGCACGCUGCCCGGGCGCACGAGGCGGUGGCGGGACUUUAUGGGUUUGCAGUUUGAGUGGAUCCUCGCCGAGGCGGUCGGGGCUGGGAUGGUGGAGGUUUUCGAGACGGGCAGCGUGGGAAGAGGGGUGAGGUUGUUGGCGAGUUAG